AUCAACUCCACUAUCUUCUCAACACCCAAACUGAACUUUUAACCUUAGGUACCUAGUUUGUUACACAUUCAAGGAACGGCUGGUCUUCCUUUGUACGCUUUGGAAUCAGGAACCCUACUCGGUGCUUGGCUAACUGCGGAUUCAACAUCACUCGUGAAAUCUGGUACACGACCGGCGUUGACUUUAAUUAUCCUCGCUUCACUCUCACCUCAUCAGAUCAGCUUCAAAUUCCCGCAUGCAAGCAAGCACGUGGGAUGCGAGCUCAACAACGAAAUUAAUACGAAGGAAUUGGCAGGAAAGGAAUAGAAUUGGGGAAACUGAUCGAUUCUUGUCUUGCUUAGCCGUGAAGCGACAAUUAAUUCGAGCAGAGCAUCCAUUCAUUUAUUUCACAUAAGUCUGAAUCGGCUGGAAUCCGUCACCACCACUAUCUAUGCACGAUUACCUCCCGAACCCGGCACUGAUUUACCAGGGACCGGCGCUGCCGCGUGCCCCGCUGAUCUUGAUCCACGACGGUGGUGGCACCAAUUUCAACUACCAUCUACUGAACCAGAUUGGCCGCCCGCUAUGGGGUCUCGCGAACGCUAGGCUCCACGAAGGCGGCUGGUGGGAAGGUGGUAUCCCUCAGAUGGCUACCUACUAUGUUGGACUUCUUUCUAAGGCUAUCCCCGAGGGCGGCGACAUCCUCCUCGGAGGUUGGUCACUGGGGGGGCUCUUAUCCCUCGAGAUGGCGCACCGGAUUGCCGUAGCGAGGCGCGACGGUGGUACGGGGGCUAAGUUUCGGGUUAAAGGCAUGGUCUUCCUCGAUAGCCUCUGCCCAAGCUACUCGGCCGAGAUGCGGGCGCGGCUACCGUCUGAGCCCGUAGUGUUAUCAGCCCACGAGUCGGAGGCCAUGAAACUGAAAGAGAAAGUCAACGUGAACAUGACACACGCCCGCAUCAUGGUGUCAUUCUGGAAUUUACCACGCUGGGAGGAUGGGCUGCAGGCACCGCCAACCAUCCUCCUACGAGCAAAAGAGUGGUUCAACCGCGACCCGUCCAAGAGCUUCGUCGAUUUCACGCGCGAAGAACGACUUUUGGGCUGGAGUAAUUACAACGAGGAACACGGUAGCUUCAUUAAAGAUAUUGUGGAUAUAGAAGGUCACCACUUUUCCAUUUUUAAUUUUGAUUAUCUUGACGAUCUCACGAGGAAGGUCCGCGCCGCAGCAGACCGGUUGGACCCGCUUGGGUUUUAACGGGUAAUACCUAAUAGUCGCUUCCUGUCUAUUAGAAUUACACUACAAUGAGACGUUCAGGGUUGGUUUCUAGAACAGGCGUUACACGGGGUACUGCAUAAUGAUGAUAGCUAAACUAUAAAGUAUAACAUGGUUACAUGUGCAUGUUAUUGAGUUUAUAGACCAUGUAACUAACGUAUAGGCAGAAGU